AUGGAGCUUCAUAAUACCUACUAUCUCGUGCGGCACGGUAACAGCCUGGCCAAUCAGGCGGGGAAGAUCGUGAGCACUUUGGAGGCGGGCACAUUGGAGGAAUGGGGCCUGUCCGAUCUGGGCAAGCAGCAGGCGCACGCAGCCGGGGACACACUCAGGGAGCGCCUGGGCCAGCAGCCCCAGGCCCCGCUGGUGCUUGCGUCCCCCUUCUCCCGCACACUGCAGACCGCACAGCUGAUCGUGGAGAGGCUUGGGCAUGACGUCGCGGUGCAGGUGCAGGCGCAGAAUCAGGCACAGCCCGCGCCCGAGCUUCGCGAGCGGGACUUUGGCGCCCUGGACGGCGGCUCCGACGCCAGCUACCUCGCGGAGUGGUCGCGCGACGCCGAAGACACGGACUACAAGGCCGGGGGCACCGGGGAGUCGGUGGCGGAGGUGGCACGCCGCGCCACCUCGCUGCUGCGGCGCCUGGAGGACGAGCACAGCGGGCGCAGCGUGAUCCUGGUCGCGCACGGCGACUCCAUCUCCAUCCUGGCGGCGGCCGUGCUGGGGCCGGGCCUGGCGCACCACAGGCAAUACGCGCUGGAGAACUGCGGCGUGCUGUGCUUGGGGCCUGGCGGCGAGGGGCCUAGCGGACAGCAGGCCGAUCCCGCGCCAGGACCAGCAGCAUGA